CCCUAGGAAGUGGCCGUCCGAGCGCGGCCCUCCAUUGGACCGAGCCGGUGUCAGUCGGGCUUGCAUCACGCCGAGCCCCGUCCUCCUCCCCGGCUCCGUGUCCGCUCAGACAGCCGUCAUAUUGGCCGCUCCAGGCAGGCAGAGAAGAGGAGCCCCACCACGAUGAGCAACGGGGCUGCCGCCGCGCUCACACGCCAGCUUAGCGUUUAAAUGACUCUGCACGUUGUUGUUGUUUUUUUUUUUUAGGAAUAUAUAUAUUUUUUAAUUGUUCGGGAUGACACCGUCCGGUGCCCGUGUUCGUACAGCGCUUUCGUCCGACGCCGUGGUCCUCUGGGGGGAUAUGUGCCCGACUUUUCUUCAUAGCCAUUUUUUGCAGACAAAGAGCCGUUGAGUCGGGCUUCCACAGCGCAAACGGGUCCCAGAGGCUCCUCUUCCUGACGACGGGGGGCAACAUGUGGAGCAGCCUGAAGAGCAGAUGCCAGACUCUCUUCCACAGCACGGGAGCCGCUGACAGCAGAGUGGAGGUAGAGACUGUCCAGUGUGUGGUGGACCUGGGCGAAGGAGGCGGCCCCGUGGAGGCCCAGGGCCCCGCCGCCGCCCCCGGCCCCUCAUGGAGCCUCGCGCCCGCGCCGGCGGUCCCCACGGGGCGCCGCCAUCAUAACUGCGUGUCGGACAUCCCGCAGAUCGUGGAGAUCUCCAUCGACAAGGACUCCGAGGACGCCGGCGCGAUCCCCGGCGCCGUCCCGAUGGCGCGGCGGGACUCGUACUCGCGACACGCCCCGUGGGGGGGCAAGAAAAAGCACUCGUGCUCCACCAAGACCCAGAGCUCGCUGGAGGCGGACAGGCGCUCCGGCCGGCUCAGAGGCUGCGGGAACCGCAGGGACAGGCGUUACGGCAUCAGCUCCAUCCAGGAGAUCACGGACGCGGCGUCCGGUGGGCGGAGCCUGAACGCGCGGUCCCUGCGCCAGCGGCUGAGCGACACGGUGGGGCUGUGCUUGCCCCUGCCGGCUCGCCGGCGCUCGCACUCUAAGAACCCCGUCAGCUCCAAGCGGAAGAUCCACCUGACGGAGCUGAUGCUGGAGACCUGCCCCUUCCCGCCGGGCUCCGACCUCGCACACAAGUGGCACCUGAUCAAGCAGCACACGGCGCCGGUCAGUCCUCAUUCCUCUACCGCCCUGCUGGACGCCUUCGACCCCGCCCACCCGUCCCCAGAGGACGAGGAGGAGCGUCUGCGCGAGCGCCGGCGGCUCAGCAUCGAGGAAGGCGUCGACCCGCCGCCCAACGCGCAGAUCCACACCCUGGAGGCCUCGGUGCCCGGCCCCUCUCUCUACAAACUGGGACCAAAGAUGGCUCCUGGCAUAGGGGAGGCCUCCGGGGAGGCGCGUGCCGGCGCCGCCUCCGGUUCUGCCGGCGCCGCAUCGUCCGGGGCCUGCGGGCAGAUGCUGGGCGCUGCAGCCUCGACCCAGGACUGUGAUUCUGAGGAGGAUUCAACCACCUUAUGUCUUCAAGCCAGACGGCCUAAGCAGCGGCACGCCUCCGGGGACGGCCACCAGAGCCGGCAGCAGCCGGGGCCCUGGAAGGUCCACACCCAGAUAGACUACAUCCACUGUCUGGUGCCGGACCUGCUGCACAUCACGGCCCUGCCUUGUUACUGGGGCGUGAUGGACCGCUACGAGGCGGAGGCGCUCCUGGACGGCCGGCCGGAGGGGACCUUCCUGCUGCGGGACUCGGCCCAGGAGGACUACCUCUUCUCCGUCAGCUUCCGCCGCUACAACCGAUCGCUGCACGCGCGCAUCGAGCAGUGGAACCACAACUUCAGCUUCGACGCUCACGACCCGUGCGUCUUCCACUCGUCCACCGUCACAGGGCUGCUCGAGCACUACAAGGACCCCAGCGCCUGCAUGUUCUUCGAGCCGCUGCUCACGGUGCCGCUCAACCGGACCUUCCCCUUCGCCCUGCAGCACCUGGCCCGGGCCGCCAUCUGCCGCUGGACCACCUACGACGGCAUAGGCUCGCUGCCGCUGCCCCCCGCCCUGCAGGACUUCCUCAAGGAGUAUCACUAUAAACAGAAAGUACGAGUCCGCUGGCUGGAGAGGGAGCCGCCACUCAAGGUGAAAUGAGACAGCGGGAGGAUUACAGAACCUACAGAAAUUCCUCAGUCGCCCGUUAGAGGCCGUGCCGACGUGGCCGUCCCUUCUGUCGGAGAGUAGAAACACGUAUAACAAGCUAAUACAAGGUUCAUUCUAAUCUUUGUUUUCGGUAUUAAUUGCAUCACUGAGAGAACAUGAUUAUAUUCAGUGUAACGCCGUCUGUCGAGCACGUUUUUAAGAUGAACAGGUUGUUUCGACACGGAGGAAAGGCCCUUUGUGUCUCCUCUCCUAUUUUUGUGCUGAACCCACCACCACCGCCGCUGUCGCCCCCCCGCUCCUAGACCUCCUGCAUGCAUGCCCCCCCCCACCUCCCUCCUCACUUUUCAAAAAAAAUCACUAUUUCAAGCUGUACAGAUAACUUUGUGCGUUUCCCUUCAGAAAACAGUCAGAGCACCUUACCAGGGCUGCGAGAGCGGAGAGGCUUCUGCAGCCAGGGCCGCCGGCUCGCGUCGAGCUGCAGACGACGCGUCGCAUGCAGGAGAUCAGCUAAAUCACUUUAAGACGUGUGCAUGGGGAUCCGGCCGUGUGGCGGCGACGUUUCUCUGUCUGAUUGCAGCCAUUAGCUUCACUGUCCACUAACUAUUUUUUGUCUCUGUGUGCAUCCAAGUCAUUUAAUUGUUGUAUAAAACAGGUCACCGUGCACAAGCUCCGCCCUCUCCAGCUUUGCAGUGUUUUAUUGGCUACCUGGUUGCUGAGUUAACGUCAUAGCAGUCGGCCAUAACGUUAGAAACGCCUCCAUUCAGAGAAAAGCUUUGCCCACCCCCCCCCGAUGGGGCGGCGCGUAGCUUUGAGUCAGAGCCGGUAAACAUUUCACACGUUCCUUUUCCAUUUCCUUCAGCGCCGUGGCUGACAUCAGUCGCACACCUUCAACUUUCUCCCGUUUGUUUUUGCCAAAUUCUAACCAGCAUCCUUCGUUUAUCUGGGAUCAGGAUUUCAUGCGAUGGAUUGACACAAAAGAGGCGCGUCAUCGUGGAGGGGAAACCAUACAUAGUUUUUAUUUUUCUUAACAAGUAAAAGUCUGAGAAGUGUGGCGUGCAUUUGUGCUCAAGGCCCUUUUUAAUGAAUAUUAUAUAGCAGCUCUGGGUCCCUGAGCAUAAACCCUUAGCCCCAGAUAGCUGCCCUAAGGGGGGUGGGUUAGAUGCAGAGAACAAAUUUCAUUGGAAUUUAUGUUUCAAUGACAAUAAAGAUUUAUAUUAUUAAUAUUAUACAGUCAAGGGCUAUGUUUGCCAACCUGGACUGACUGACAUGAAGUUUGUUGCAGUGGAUUUUAAUAAGACGAAUCAGAACAAUAAGGUCUGAAUACAUUUCCACGGCACACGUUUCCGUUUUUUUAGUUGUAAAACAUUCCUUCUUUCCCCUUCACAAUUAUGCUACAAAAACAAAUUGUAUUAAAGAAAAGACCGAUCCUAAGACGUUUUGGUGUGUAAAAAGACAAAAUGUUGACAAAGUGCAGGCUGUGUUCACACCUAGCAUAGCAUUAGCGUGUCCCCCACACAUUUCAGGUGAAACCGCUGCCGGCCGCCCCCGUCACUUCUGUAAAUAGGUGUUACCUUUGUGCCUUUCAGCAAACCAUUGGUCCCGUUCCACAGUCGAGUUGCGCGCUAGUCUGAACCCGGAGCGGGAGGUGCUUUUUUAACGCGGUCCGUUCAGAUGAGACUGAAGGAUUAAAACCACGCCGAGGUGCAACAGCUGCAAGCUCACUAACCUUCUUGCACAUUUAGAGUUUGCAGCUCAGCGGUGCUACGUCUAAACCGGGAGCCGGUCGUUACCGCCGGUCGUACGUUGGGUCUUUGCCUCGCGGUGUUGGGUUGGUCGUGGGUCGCUGUCUGUCUGGUUCCGGUCUGCAGCCGGAAUAACAGAAACGACCACGUUUGAACUGAGUGAUCGGAGGCAAAAAAGCUCCGACAUUGUUUCAAGAAGAUUUAAAAAGUGAAAUGUCCUGGCAGGUUUGAGCGUUGAAUCUGUCCCAGUCCAGAAGCACGAUCGCUGGACCACUUCAGCUCGUAAUUCAGUCGGCGUGACCUCUUAAAAUAUUUUACUCCUUGUGUAACUUUUGUUAGCCACUAGGGGCGCUAGACCUGUAACCUCCAGGUUUACGGAUGCCUCGCCACCAGGACCCGCUCAUGGUCCAGGUUUGCAGCCAAUACGCGGCAACUGUUGUUUUAUUCACCUGGAAAAAUCAUGUCAUGCAUCUCAAAUGAAGCUAAUGCUAAGCGAAAACUUACACGGUGCUGCUUUUAAAUGCGUUUUAAGCCAGUAAAUGACCGUCUGUGACCAAAGCUCUGCCCGUACGUCUUGGUGCUGUUUUAAAGCUGCGUUUUAUAACCUCGCAGGUCAGUUUUUUGUCGUUUUUUUUUUGACUGAGCUGCCAUCUUAACAGUCAGCUGACCCAAACGGGCAUCAACACCAAAAUGUACGUAAGGAACCUUUUUAUUUAACUCUUUUAAAGGGAUUAAAAAUCUCUUCAAUGACACAGACGUAGCCAAGAAUGGCAGCAGCACACAGACGAUUCCAAAUAAAAUCAUGCAAAUAUGAAAAUACAUUUAAGAUACAGUUUUUGGUGAAUAAAAAAUAUAUAUAUAUGAAUGACAACCAAAAAUAUGAUUUGAAGUUAAAACAUUUGCAAACAGAAACCUUAUUUAUGAACUGGUUUAAAAUGGCCAUAACUACAUUGAGACUCAAAAAUGAAUAAAAAUUAGGAAAUUAUAGACACAAAUACAUGAAGACGAAAUGUUGUUAGUAAUUUGUGGAACUCUUUAGCUUUUAGUAAAAAAUAAAAUAAAGAUAAGAGUAGGGAUGGAUCUGAAUUUAGGUGCCAGACGGUUACUCGCCACCCAUCAGCUUUUUUUCCCCGCUGCAUCGUGACCGGAUCAGGACUCGGACUUCCUCAGACACGAGUCCUAAAAGUUUUCUGCUGAACUGCGGCGUCUCUGAAAUCGCCUACGCUGCAUGUUCACACUUCCUCGUGUUCGAGUCGCAGCGACUUUUCCCCCGCAUGUCUAAAAGCGCUCCGGCUUUGAUUUCGUGGUGCCCGGCCGCUCGUCGCCCAUCUGCAGAAGUAACUCUGCUGUCUUUGCCAUCGUGUUGGUGCUUCAUCGUCGUCUCAGGGAUGCAGGACCCUUUGUUUUUUUUUUCCUACCUAAAUCUGUUUAUUUGGGAGGAGAAAAACGUCACUGCAUCCUAAAAACUCACCCAAACUCAGUCAAAAAGAAACAAAAUUCAGGGCAGCAGAGAAGGCGAGAGGUUGCUCCGAGUAAACAGCACUUUAAUGGUGUAUUUGUGUUCUGCGGUGGUGUCUGAAAGCGUUGGGUCAGUGACAUCUGUUUGUUUGUUUGCCCUGUCCUCCAGAAUAUUAGACUGGAAACAGAAAUCCUGUGCCCAGCGGUGAAAAUUCUCAAUGCACCAUCGUUUGUGUUCAAUUUACAGGUUUAAAACCCGUUAAUGGACAUCAAACGCCCUUAAACGGCGUCGUUUAACCGCUGAUCACCAAUAUUCUGCAGAAAGCAAACAAACCGGCAGAAAUGUCACCAAAGUGUGUGUGCAUGGCUGAAAAGUGUUAGAAUAAUAAUAAUAAUAAAAGGCGUUGGUCCAGAACCAUUUGACGCGGAUGGAGCUGUGUUGUCGGUGUGUUGUGUGGGAGGAUGAUGGCGCGUGGACAGAGCCAGCGACGGGGGUGCAGAGUCCCCCCCCUCCCCCCCUAUGAACGGGUCUCUGCGGCCCCCUUUUCCUCAGGCAGGCCCCUUUGGCGAGGAGCGUCUGGUCCCAGUUUUCCCCGUGGGAAAUAUCCGACAGUAACAGUAGCACACGUUUGCCGUUCAGCCUGUAGAUUUAGGAGAAAGUGUAAAAAAAGAAGAGUUUCUUCUUCUGUGGUGCGUUAACUGCCUGCUUGUCUUCUUACACCUGCACUACCCGUGUUACACAGAACACACGUCUAACCAGCACCACUCUUCUGUGCAACUAAGGUCUGUUUUUUUUUUUUUAUUUCACUGCAAAACUACACCCCCACUCACAUUUUCAUGACAUUACCGAGUUGAGAGCUUGAAAUUCGUUUUUUUUUUUUUUUUUAAAGCAAUACCCCCGGAUGUAGCGCUCCUAUAUCCCCCUCCAGCAGCCCGGCCACAGUACAUCUAGUUUCAGAUUAUUAUUAUUUUUUAACGUUUUGUCACAGAUGUAUAAAUAUAUUGUACAAACAAAAAAGCAGCUGGGUUACGUGCUAUAUGCAAAUGGAAAAAAAAAAAACAGAUGUAUGAAAAGUUAUUUUCCUCCUCCGCCCUAAUAAUAAUAAUAUGCAAUGGAGUGUAGUUCAACAGUGGUUGCAAUCCUCUGUCACUUUAAUGCUGUAUAUGCACAUUGGUUGCAGUGCGGACGGUGGGACUCGACUACGAUGGGAGCGAACGGACCCCAGACCGCCUCGUUCGUUCUGGCCGACCUCAGAAGACAAAAGAAAAACAGAACACAGAAAAAACGGGGCCCUUCUUAUCAAAGCCGGGGGGGCCGCCGCAGGCUUGAGCAAGCAGUCGGCAGACGAAUAACGCGGCUCUCGUUUCUUCUUUCUUCUGCUUCCCCCCCCCCUCACUGUUUACUUCCUUUCUUCUUCUGCUGACCGAUAUGAUGUGGAGCGUGUAAAUGGCAUUGUUAGUUUCACAUUUCAGUGUCCGCUCUUGUGUAUCCGUUUUAACCAUUCGAGACGAGAGUAAAAGCCGUUGUUUUUUUGUUUUGUUUUUUUUUCCAGUAUAACCUGUUCAUUUUUAAUAAGAGCCGUACGAAGCGACACUUGUAGCUGUCACUCUUGGUGCUUGGCUUAUGCUUCAUUGUCUUAAUAUUCCAAAUAAAACUGUUAAGUGUAAUCCACACUGGCCCAAGAGAGA